AUGCGCGGUCUUUUCUUGGUUUCGUCAAUUCUUAUUUUCGGUCUCGUUAUUGAGGCCAAAAAUCAAAAUAUCACUGUGAAAGGAACGACGAUUUGCAAUAAGAAGCGAAUUUCAGCCAAGGUCGAAUUGUGGGAAAAAGAUACUUGUGAGUUUUUUCCCCCUAAUUUUUCCUCUAAAAAAUCAAUUUUGAUUGCAGUGGACCCAGAUGAUUUGUUGAAAGGCACUCAAUCAUCAAAAGAAGGAGAAUUCUCGGUUUUCGGAGCUCAAGACGAAGUCACUUCAAUUGCCCCAUAUCUCAUUAUCACUCACGAUUGUAAUGUCAAAAAAGCUGUAAGUUUGGCUAACUCUAUGGCUGCAAACCUAUGAUUUUCUGAAAAUUUCAGGGCUGCAAGCGAAUUUCUGAAUUCCCAAUCCCGGCUUCAAAAAUCGGCGGAACUUAUGAUAUGACUUAUGUCACUUUGGAUAUUGUUGGAGCUAAGGACAAGGAAAAAUGCUAG